UCCUUCAGAACCCUUCGCUUCAUUCAUUGAUCGUCUCACACAAGCAGUGGACAGGCAAGUCAUUGAUGAGGGAGUGAAGUCACAUAUGAUCCGGUGUCUUGCAUUUGCAAAUGCCAAUCCAGAAUGCAAGCGAGUCAUCAGUGCAAUGCCAGGCCAACCCACCAUGGCAGAAAUUCUAGAGGCAUGCAGCAAGGUGGGGACACCACAGCACGUUGCAACAAUUUUAGGAGAUCAAGUGGAAAAAGCUGUCAAAGAAGCAUUUGCAAAUUUUCAACAAAGACAGUGUUACAAGUGUGGCAAACCAGGGCAUUUCAAGAAGGACUGCCCACAAAUUACAAACAAUGCAGAUUCAUCAGAUCGUUGUUCGGCAUGCGGGGGAAGGAAGCGUCGUCCUGCGAGGAACAAUGCAAGUGGAGGAACUCAGUCGGGAAACUCCAGGAGGAGCGCGGAUCGUCAACGCGCGACGACACAAGUGAUGGCGAUGACUCAAGAGCAAGCUCCGCAAGGGGGACAAUCAUCGGGGAACAGCAUUCUGACGCCCUCAGCAGGACAAUUUGUAGGAUCCCCAGCGAUCCAGAGUUAUUACCACCCGGGGCGCAAUGCGAUUUGGCAACUUCCAAAGUGAUAUGUUUUUUGGAUGACAAUUAUGCAGUGAUACCCACUGGUGUCACUGGAUCCUCGUGGAAGAGGCAGGACUUUCUAAUUAUAGGUAAGGACAGAAGCAGUGUUUUGGGACUUGUUAUUUACCCUUCUGUCAUUUCAGCAGAUCGCAAUGAUGAGUUGACAGUUUUAGCGAAGCCUCAUCAGCCACCAUUGAUCAUUCCCCCGAACACCUCAAUUGCCAGGGCAAUUGCAUUGCCACCCCAUGCUGCAGAACAAGUCUUGCCAGUGCUCCGGGAACAAGAUCCUCCUUCAGGCAUAGGGGGGAACACCUUGUGUCUGCAGAGUGAAGAUGCGAUUGUUGUCUCGAGGCCAGGAGGUCUCCGAGGACGAUCCUCUCAAGUCUGGAAAUGA